AUGGAUCCACAAACUUAUAUGGAUGUCGCCACAGUUGUGACCAAGUUGAAAAUGUACCCAUAUUUCGAUAUAGCACAUUACAUUCUAAUGUGCAUCUCUGUCCGAGAGGAUGUUCAACCUGCACAGGCGCAAGCAGGCUCUAGUGGUCCAGUCCAACCCUUUGCUCGGAAGCAUCCAUUAUCUAGCUGGCUGUCCUCAAUGCUGAUAUGUUUUGCAGGCAGUAUUUUAGCAAAUUUUCUGCUUGGGGAACCAGUGAUUACUCCUUUCAAGGAUCACCAGAGCAUCAUUACUGCUACAGCUGUUUGGUAUUUAAUUAACUUCUCCCCCUUUGAUUUGGUCUACAAAAUAUGCAAAUUUCUGCCUUUCAAACUGGCCAUUUGUGUAUUGAAAGAAACACAGCGAGCUCAUAAGGUCUAUCAUGGAGUGUUGGUGGCUGCAAAACUGUAUCCAAGUGCUUAUUUGAUCAUUGUUGCAGUUGGUACCAUCAAAGGCGCUGGAAGUGGGCUGAUGAAAAAUAUUGACAGGCUUAUUAGAGGAGUUUGGAUACCAGGCAGUAAUGAAAUUCUGCAGCCAACUUUUGCAACAAAAGCCAGUCUGGUGGCAUCGAUUAUCUUCUUAUGUGAACGGCUGAACCUUAUUGCAGUACCGCAUCCACUGAUCUAUUUUGGUGUGGUUUUGUUCUUCGUGUACUUCAAGAUCUCCUCCGUUAUUCUUGGAAUUCAUGAUCCAUUCGUCCCACUGGAAAACCUGUUCUGUGCCAUCUUUAUGGGUGGAAUGUGGGAUGCAUUGCGACGUGCAACAAGCAAAGAAACUGCUAAGGAGGAUGAAAGCAAAGAUCUCAGAAACGAUGCAAUGAAAUUGAAAGAAGAAAAGAAGAAAGAUUAA